AUGGAUUUAUCCUUAGAAUUUAACUAUAUCGUGAAGAUUUUACAAACAUCGUUUUGCUUUCACCGUUCAAUCCAUUUUUCGCAUAUUGCUUUUCUUCCCAUUUUCCAUUUUUCUUCCCAUUUUGCCUUUUCUUCCCAUUUUCAUUUUUCUUCCCAUUUUCCUUUUUCUUCGAACUUUUUCUUUUUCUUCCCAUUUCCCCUUUUCUUCCCAUGUUGUUUUUUCUUUCCAUUUUCUUCGCAUUUUCCUUUUUCUUCCCAUUUUCCUUAUUCUUCGCAUUUUCCCUUUUCUUCCCAUUUUGCUUUUUCUUCCCGUUUUCCUUUUUUUUCCAUUUUGCUUUUUCUUCACAUUAACUUAUUUCUUCGCAUUUUCCAGUUUCUUCCCAUUUUCCUGUUUAUUCCUAUUUUCCAUGUUCUUCCCAUUUUCCUUUUUCUUUGCAUUUUUCAUUUUCUUCUCAUUUUCCAUUUCUUUCCCAUUUCCCUUUUUCUCCCCAUUUUGCUUUUUCUUCCCACUUUCAUUUUUCUUCCCACUUUGCUUUUUCUUCCCAUUUUACUUUUUCCUUCCCAUUUUCUAUUUUUUUACAUUUUUCUUUUUCUUCCCAUUUUCCUUCUUCCUUCCCAUUUUCCAUUUUCUUCCCAUUUCCCUUUUACUUCCCAUUUUCCAUUUUCUUCCCAUUUUCCUUUUUCUUCGCAUUUUCCAUUUUCUUCACGUCUUCAUUUAUCUUCCUAUUUUCCUUUUUCUCCCCAUUUUCGAUUCUCUUCACAUUUUCCUUUUUCUUCUCAUUUUGGUUUUUCUUCCCAUUUACAUUUUUCCCAUUUUUCUUUUUCUUCCCAUUUUCCCUUUUCUUUCCAUUUUCCUUUUUCUUCCCAUUUUCAUUUUUCUUUACUUGUUGCUUUUUCUUCGUAUGUUGUUUUUAUUUGUACAUUUCUUUUUUCUUCGCAUUUUUUCUUUUUCUUCCCAUUUUCCUCGUUUCGCAUUUUCCUUUUUCUUUUAUUUUCCUUUUGCUUCGCAUGUUGCUUUUUCUUCGCAUGUUGUUUUUUCUUUCUAUAUUCCUUUUUUCUUCACAUUUUUCUUCCAUGUUACUUGUUUCUUCUCAUGUUUCUUUUUCUUCUCAUUUUCUUUUUCGUUCUUAUUUUCCUUUUUCUUCGCAUUUUCAUUUCUCUUCCCAUUUUCCUUUUUCUUGGCCUAUUCCUUCUUCUUUGCAUUUCCCUUUUUCUUUGCAUUUUCAUUUUUUACUUUAAAUUUUCGUUUUCUUCGCAAGUUACUUUUUCUUCACAUAUUCCUUUUUCUUCGCAUGUUACUUUUUCUUCCCAUUUUCAUUUUUCUUCGCAUUUUCUUUUUUUCUCCUCAUUUUUCCUUUUCUUCCCAUUUUCCUUUUUCUUCGCAUUUAAUUUUUCUUUGCAUUUUUCCUUUUUCUUCGCAUUUUUUUCUCUGCAUUUUCCUUUUUGUUCGAUUUUCGCUUUUCCUCCCAUUUUCUUUUUCUUCCCGUUUUCCUUUUUCUUCGCAUUUUCGUUUUUCUUUGCAUUUUUCCUUGUUAUUGGCAUUUUUUCUUUGCAUUUUCCUUUUUGUACGAUUUCCGCUUUUCCUCCCAUUUUCUUUUUUUCUUCCCAUUUCCCUUUUUCUUCAUGUUUUUCUUUUUCAUCACAUUUUCCUUUUUCUUGGCAUUUUCUUUUUUCUUCCUGUUUUUCCUUUUUCUUCUCAUUUGCCAUAGAAACUAGUCUUUAA